AUGAGCACAAAUAGUUUAAACGAUUCGUACAAUCCAUCCUCCACCAAAGAGAAGGACAUUGUUGUUCAGAGUGAAGCUCUAGCUGAUGUUGCCAUAGAGACUGCUUUCGAGACCGAUGGAUAUAAAAAGAUCUUUCAAGAACAUCCAGUUCCUCGUUGGACAAAGCUGAGAUUAAGUAUUUAUUUUACUUGUCUUGUUAUCUAUUUAGUAUCUACUACAAAUGGUUAUGAUGGUUCGUUGCUCUCAUCUUUAAUCACUAUGCCUGAAUUCAUCUCUCAUUUGAAUAUUAAAUCAGCUUCUGGCACUGGCAUCGUUUUUGCAAUCUUUCAGGUAGGUCAAAUGGUUGCAACUCUUUUCGUUUGGUUAGGAGAUUUCAUUGGAAGAAGAAAUGCAAUUUUCAUUGGUUCUGUUAUUGUUUGCUUAGGAGCAAUCAUUACUUCGAUAGCCAACAAUACUUCUACAUUUAUUGGUGGUAGAUUCUUGCUUUCAUUUGGUUCUGGAAUAUCAUGUGCUUUGAGCACUACCUACUUAUUGGAAAUCACUUCACCUGAUGAGAGAUCAGCUUUAUGUGCCAUAUACAACAGUUUGUAUUAUAUCGGUUCUAUAAUUGCAACUUGGUCCUCAUAUGCAACUAGUAUCAGUUAUGCCAACUCAGUUCUUUCCUUCAGAAUUCCACUUUGGUUACAAAUUUUGUGUCCAGCACUUGUUGUUAUUGGUCUUCUCGUUGGUGUUGCCCCAGAGUCUCCUCGGUUUUAUUAUUUAACUGGCCAACCUGACAAAGCUAGAGCCUUCUUUUGCAAAUACCAUGCAAAUGGAGAUGAAAAACAUCCAAUUGUUGAGUACGAAAUGGCCCAGCUAGAAUUGUCUUUGCUCGAAGUUCCAAAACUUAGAGUUCGUGACUACUUCGAUGCUAGAAUUCUUUUCAAAACGAAGUCUCGUAUAUACAGAAGUUUGGUUUGCAUCGCUCACUCUGCAUUUGGUCAAUUAUCAGGUAAUGCAGUUGUUGGCUACUACAUCACCAACAUCUUUUUGGAGUUAGGAAUAACCAAUCCUACGACUCGUUUGUUGUUGAAUGGGGUAAAUUCUAUUCUUGGUUUCAUUUUUGCUAUGUCUGGUUCUAUUUUGGUUGGAAGAAUUGGAAGAAGACCAAUUCUUUUAUAUUCGACUACUGGUUUCGUCAUUAGUUUUACUAUUAUUGCUGCCUGUAUUGCUGCCUACACAAAUAAUAACAACCAGGUUGCGGCCAAGGUUGGUAUUGCCUUCAUCUACAUUUUCAAUAACGUCUUCUUUUCCUUUGGUUACACCCCAUUACAACCCUUAUAUCCUGCAGAAAUAUUGAGUAGUGAAAUGAGAGCUAAAGGUAUGGCACUCUUCCAAAUUACUCAGGGUACUGCCAGUUUCAUCAACACUUACGCAGCACCUGUGGCAAUGCAGAAUAUCAAGUAUUGGUACUACGUCUUUUUCGUCUUUUGGGAUACCUUCGAGGUAAUAAUUAUCUACUUGUAUUUCGUGGAGACCAAGAACUUGACUUUGGAAGAGAUUGAAUUGAUCUUUGAGUCUGCCACACCUGUCAAGACUAGUAUGAUAAUUUCCAAGCCAGGACACGCAGCCAAUGAAGAGAAGCUCAGGCUUGCUAAUCUUAAGCUCGGUAAGAAUUAUGUUGCCUAA